UGUACACUGUACAUUCACUGUACGUUCCUCUUAUAUUUGUCUUGGAAUACUCUUAAGAUAUAUGAUGUCUUUAUAAAUAUUUACCACAAGUACAUAUACAAGGUACACAGUCGUAGCUGACACCAGUCACAUGUUACUGUGUACGGUGCUGUGUCUUGUGCUCACCAUUUCCGGCAAAUUAGGUCAGUUUUGUCCCAGGAUGCGACCCACACCAGUCCACUAACACCCAGGUGCCCAUUUUAUACUGAUGGGUGAAUAUGGACUACCGGUGUAAGGAAACACUAGGUGUUUCUACCCUCGCCGGGGAUCUAGCCCGGAGGCUGGUCUUGUGAAGCGACACCUUCAGCCACCAGGGAGGGGAGAACUUCGACCUCCUGCUGAGUGUACCUGACUCUACACACCCGGGAUAUAUGGCUGACCAGCCGCCCUACGGUAGCUUCGGGAGCGAGGAGACCUACGGAGACCUUCAGGGUCUGGCCUCCACACUGCCCCAGCAGGAACCAGACACUACCUCGGCCGCCCACACCCACGCCCACCACUCCCAGAGCUUGUAUCAACACCCGAUGGCGGUGGGCGGCAGUAUGGGCGUGGCCAAUCCUCAGUUCCCGCCUCAGAAUCUCUACAUCCCGCCCAUCUCCCAGCACAACCACAUGGGACCUGCUCAGUCGGCAGGAUAUAUGGUCCAUCCUGGUUGUGGUCCACCGACUCCUGUAUACACAAGUGCCAGUCCAGUGAUGCACGGGGCAGGGCCACCUCAGGGACCACACAUGAUGGGUGGCAUGAUGGGCGUGGGUUAUUACCCACGCCCACCCAUGGCUCGGAACGGUGCCUCUCCAAACUCAGGAGGAUCUCCUUCCCCUGGCAGCGAGGAUUCUGAUGACUCCACGCCCUUGGCGCAGAUGGGUCGGGGUAAGAGGCCGUCAUCAGAGAGUGUAGAAGGCCCAGCCAGAGGAAAGAAACCCAAGGUUUCCAAGAAGAGCAAGAAGAAGAAGGAUCCCAAUGAGCCUAACAAACCUGUUUCAGCGUAUGCUUUGUUCUUCCGGGACACACAGGCUGCCAUUAAAGGAUCCAAUCCCAAUGCAUCCUUUGGGGAAGUCUCCAAAAUUGUUGCUUCCAUGUGGGAUUCUCUGGAUGCUGACCACAAGAAUGUGUACAAGAAAAAAACUGAAGCAGCAAAAAAGGAGUAUCUUAAAGCUCUUGCUGCCUACCGUGCCAGUUUGGUAUCAAAGGGCGGUGAAGGUGAGGGAGUUUACGGGGGACCUGGGUAUGGUCAGUUUGCCCCGGGGUUUGGAUACCCUCCUACCACUAGCGCCCCUGGACAUCCCCAAGUACAGUCGCCCACACAGAUGUCACCAUUGGCUAAGAAGUCUCCUCUACUCUCUUCUCUUAUGGCCGAUCCAUCCCCACCUAUGAUGAACCCACCAAUGUCACAGCCCAUGCCACCUUCUGGCCCUCCCAUGAUGCCUCAUGGUUCCAUGCCACCUAUGUCAGCAGCCAGUUUGGCACCCCAGGCACAGCAAGGCCCUCAGGCUGGUCACCAGCAACCCACACCACAACCACAUCUGACGCCCUUGACCAACGUACCUUCUACCUCCCCCUACAUGAACCAGCAGGCACCAGGGUCUCUGUCGAGUCCUGGAGGUGGUGGCUCUCCGGGUAGUGGACAGCAGCACCAGACACAGCAGCAAAGCCCACAGCAGCAGCAGCAACAGGCUGCCACACAGCAACAGCAACAGCAAGCAGGACAGCAGCAACACCAGCAGGGUGGACAGCAUGGCCAACAACAGCAGCCUCCACAACAACAGCCACCACAGCAGCAGCAACAGCAGCAGCAACAACAACAACAAAGCGGGCAGGGUUCAGGCGGUCAGCAGCAGGGUAUGGGACAGCCAGGACAUAUAGGGUGUCCAAGCUCUGGACCAAAUUGCAUCAGGUCUGGAUGCACCAACCCUGCUGUGCACAACCCAGAAUGGGAGGAUGAAUACUGCUCCAACGAGUGUGUCGUCUCGCACUGCAGAGAUGUCUUCAGUACUUGGGUGGCAAGCAACCAUCAUCAACCCAUCAACCCAACUUACCCAGCGCCAGUUAAAUAAAACCCUAGUUUAACAUCACUAGGGGACCAGCUAGCCAGCAGUCCAACCAGUCAACUAGCAUAUCAGUCAACUAGUUAAGUUGAUCUGAAAAAGAAAGGUACCUGCUACUGAAAUACCCGCAUGGAAUUAAGUUAGAUUUUUGCCAAGGUGAGAUCACAAUGCUAGUUGGCCUGGCAUAUACUGGAAGUAAGUGAAACAACUACAGAGGGGGGGAAGGGGGAGGGGACUGAUGUUGUGGUGUUGCUUGGUACCUCAUCAUUCCCUAGAUGUUGACAAAUUGGGUGCUUGUAUGAAAGUCAAGAUUUUCUACACUGUUGUCACAUGCUGGAACUUCAAAGGAAGUAUCUUUCUAUCUGUUCAUUCUUUUCUUGCUCUUUGUAGUAUCCCAAAUGUAUUAUACCUAUCUGAUUCUAUUCUUCUUCGACCCUAGAUGAGAGUUCCAGAACAAUCGAGUGCUGUGAAAGUGAGCAUUUCAUGUAUUUUUAGUUUACUUAUGAACAAGGCUGUGUAAACAUUUGUGAUGGGAUGAGGAAUUAUUAACUGUGGAUUCAUUCUCUUAUUAUCAUUAUAGGAAAAUAUGAGUCGCAGGAAGCAUUCGGCAGAGUUCAAAAUUGCUAAUCAUGUCACAAACAAUAAUGCCAAACCUGACCAAAUAGAUGGAGGGGACCAAAAUAUUUAGUUAGUCACACUAUUAUUUAUGUUUUAUACAAAGAACAAAUUAUUGGAAAUAAUGAAUCGACUGAAUGAGGUUUGCAUGCCUGGAUCAUGUCUCGACUGGUUUAUCUCGGGGUAUAUGUUGUGCCCUCUUUCACAGCAUUUGGAACAAUAUUUUUAUCAUAAGAUUUAAGCAACUCCAGCAGUAAAUCAUGUCUUAGGGAGCUGGGUUUGUAAAUAUUUGUGUUGAGUUUUCUUGAUGAGAGAGAAUUAUGAUUAUUAUAGAUAUAGAAACAUUUACAAUAUAAUUUGUAAAUAUUUUGACAGUAUGUACAAGUGAUUGGUAAUUUUUCUCCUCAAUGUGAUUGAAUUAUGAUGAGUUGAUUAUGUACGGUAUGUAUGUAUGUACAUGUAUCAUAGUAGAUUUGUCCAGAGGCUUAUUAUUUGAUUAGCAAGGAGAUCAUUAGAAUUGACCUGUUUGUCAAACUUGUAUCAAUUCCUUCCAUAGCAGUCAUAGGAGAGAGAGACCUACAACCUCCUGUGUUUGCCAUCCCUGCAUGCUAAGUGUAUGCAUAGCAAUAUCAUUUGGCAUUUCCCAGAUUUUUACUUUUAAAGAGGUCAUCAGCAGAGUUUGUGUCAAAAAGGACACUUUGCUCAAUCCUCAGUGUACAUAAAACUAAUUUUUGGAGGACUGAUUGCUGUACCUUCUUGGGAGAUGAUAUACCUUAAUUUUAACUUCUGGAUACAGCCAAGAGGAGACAUUUGAUUUGCUUCUAUUUUCAAACUUUAAUUUCUUCAGUAAUAUUUUCUAUUGGGUGAAACUUGAUGCAAAGCACUGUGUGAAGAGAAGCUUUGUUUUAGUGUGCAAAACACUGAAAUUCAGGGAAAUGGAAUGUAGAUGUAAAGUACUGAUGAUCACAUGUAAAUUACCCGCCUUCGCAUCAGGUUUUACCCAUGCUUGUAGCUCUUAGAAAAUCCUUCGGUCUUAGAAUAAAAUAAAAAUCAGUGUUUGCCCUUCUUAUAUAGCUAUGAUAAAUAUGUUGAUGAAAUACUGUGCUUCAUGAGACAGGCAGGAGGCUCCACUGCAGGUAACUUUUUGUGUUCAUUUGCAGUUAAUUCAACACAAACUGUUUUUUGUAUCUUGGAAAUGAACAAAUUUUUGCUGUAGUUGAACAAUAUUAAACUGAACAAUUAGAAUCCUAUAUGAUUUCACAUGAAAGAAAUAAUAAUUGAGAACAAGCCAAUUAACAUUAGAACAACAGUCUACAAAGGCACACCUACUGUUGCAGCAACAUUUGUGUUGCCCAUUCACAGGUGGUGUUUCAUGUAUUCAUUUAAUACAUGUUAGUUAACAGUUCCUUAAACUGUUUUUCAAAAACAAAAAUUGUUGUGGAAUGGAUUUGCCACAGGGCAUAAUUUUGAGGUUGUUGUGUUAAUGUGUAUGAUGCCUGUGUGUGCUCUCUUUCACUUCUGUAUUCACAAUAUAAUAAAUACUAUACACAGA